AUGGAUGAUGCUUCAAGAGUGAAAUUACUGAAAUGUGAAAACCCCUUUGAUGACUACAUUAAUGCUAACUAUGUGCCAGGCUACAAUUCAAGAAAAGAGUUUAUAGCUGCUCAGGGUCCAUUGCCCGUCACGAUAAACAAAUUUUGGAGAAUGAUCUGGGAGAACAAAGUCUACACCAUAGUGAUGCUGACCAAAUGCAACGAGCUGGGAAAAGUGAAAUGUGAAAAGUACUGGCCAUCUGAGACUGACUUUUAUCAUAACAUCUCUGUGACAACCACCUCAGAGACAGAACUGGACGACUGGACAAUUAGAGACUUCAGUAUCAAAAACGUGGAAACAGAAGAAACUUGUAAUGUACGCCAGUUCCACUUCACAGCGUGGCCGGAUCAUGGAGUUCCAGAAACCACUGAGGUCCUUAUUGAGUUUAGGCACCUGGUGAGAGAACAUAUGAACCAGUACUCAUGCACCUCUCCAACCGUGGUGCAUUGCAGUGCUGGUGUGGGAAGAACAGGGACAUUCAUUGCCAUUGACCACCUGAUCUCCCAGAUUGAAAGGGACAGCAUGGUGGACAUCUACGGAAUUGUUCAUGAUAUGCGCAUGCACAGGGCUCUCAUGGUGCAGACUGAGGACCAGUAUGUUUACCUCUACCAGUGUGCCUAUGACCUCAUUCAAUCAAGAACUAUGUCCAACAACUUAAUUUACCAGAAUACAGCAUCAUUUGAAAUCUACCAGAAUGUAGAUUUUAAGGAAAACAAAGAUAAGAUGUCCUUUACCGAAGGAUCAAAUUUGUGAAAUGGAUACAAUAUAUAUUCUUGCACAGUAAUCAAAUCAUUUGAUUAAUGUACUGUAAAAAUUAAAACACAAAUAAUGCAG